AUGUCUGAAGAGAAACCGCAAGAGUGCGCCGAGCCGGGGGAGCCCAAGGCUAAGCCCGCCCCAGAGAAGACGAGCGACUACUACCGCAUUAGCGAGAAGCUCCCAAUCAGGUUCAACAACCCAGCGUGGUUUCAUGGCUACAGGACCAAUGAAGCUGUUUCCAUGUACAGGACCAGUAACCAAACCUAUGGCAGCAGAGCCCCCACGGUUCACGAGAUGCCGAAAGUAUUUUAUCCAUCUUCAAAUAAGUUUUCCAGACAUCAUGCAGCUUUUGGAAUGUUCCGGAGUCAUAAUAUUAAUGUCGGUCUGGACAAGAGCAUAGUGACCGGGCCCGACAAUCACGUCACCCACUAUGACCACUUUAACUUUCACCCCAGUUACAAUGUCAACAGGCCAUCCAUCUGUGACUAAGGGAGCUGGAUGUUUGUCCUUGGGCUCUCCUGACUCAGGGUGGCUUUAGGGAGCACGGAUGCCCCUGAUCCUUGACAAGACCUCUAUUCUAAAGGCUUGGUCUCACAGCCUUCUCAGAAAACACUUUUCCUUUCAGGAGGAGAAAAAUGUGCAAAUAGGGCCGUGAUGUCUUGUGUUCUGCAUUUCACACAGGAAAGAUGCUGAUAGCAUCUGUGUUUUAUUAAAAAGUUGCCACA